AUGGGAUAUUACCAAACGACCUAUUACUCCUGCGUGACGCAGGAGGCCUCGGUCCACUGCGGCUGGCACAGGCCCAUCAUGGUCGCGCCGGCCUACAACGCCGCGGGAUCCUCCUCCGUGGGCCGCGGCGCGAGGGUAUGGAUGCUUGUCGCCGGUGUCGUAGGCGUUCUCGUGGCGGGUUGA